GAGCAGAUAGAAUGGAAGCUCUGUGAUGUAAAAAUCAGUAUGCCGUUAAGGAUCAUUCCACGUAAUGAUGAUCACUACAUUAUUAUGGUUUUACAUAACUUGAAUAUCACCAAAAUAGUUUAUUUGGCAAGCGAUGACAUCAACGACGAUAGGAGAUUGAAACCAAAGUUAGGCGUGCUAAAAUCAAGUCGGCGAAGCAACACGAUUGCCAUGUUGAAUUCUUGUCGACCUCAAAUGCCAGCCAACAAUCAAGCCGUCAGUAAAGCGUCGAAUACGUCUUCAAGAAAAACAAAGCCAACAACAAUGUUGACAGGACUGCAUCGACAUGUUCAUUGUAAGGGAGCACAUCUAUCCAUCGUUGUCAUAAUCUUUAGGUGGGCUUUCUCUAUUUUUGGUUCUAAAGCUCAUAUACGAAUCCUCGUUUGGAGUCCACCACCGAGAGGAUACACUGCAGAAAACACAUAUGGCACUGUCAAACCUAAUAAAAAACAAACAAUAACUGGCGGAGUGAUACGUGACCACGAAGGACGCUGGCUUGGAGGUUUUAUGCAAAAUAUUGAAAUUUGUACACCAGUGGUGGCUGAAUUGUGGGGCGCUUAA